GGGAUUAAAAUAAUUUAAUUAUGCAGUUUUACAGCCUCUAAUGUUCCCAUAAUUGUGUGCACGGCGUCAGUUCCAGAGAGCUCAGAACAGCAUGCAUAGCAACACAGUCUGCUAAUCAGAAGUUACAGACAGCUGGAUUUCAUGAUAUCAGAACCAUCUUCCGCAGCUGUGAAAUGUGUGGUAUCUGGGCUUUGUUUGGCAGUGAUGAGUGCCUGUCAGCUCAGUGCACCAGUGCCAUGAAGAUCGCUCACAGGGGCCCUGAUGCCUUUCGCUUUGAGAAUGUUAACGGCUUCACCAAUUGCUGUUUUGGCUUCCACCGGUUGGCUAUCGUGGACCAGCUGUAUGGCAUGCAGCCCUUACGCGUCAAGAAGUUUCCCUUCUUGUGGCUCUGCUACAACGGAGAGAUUUACAACCAUCACACGCUGAGGAAGCAGUUUGGGUUCGAUUACCAGACUAAAGUGGAUGGUGAGAUUUUGCUGCAUCUGUACGCCCACGUUGGGAUCCAGAAGAUGGCUUCUCUCCUGGAUGGUGUGUUUGCUUUUGUUCUGCUGGACACUUCCAACAGAAAAGUCUUUCUGGGAAGAGAUACGUAUGGUGUCCGGCCUUUGUUCAAACUCCUCACAGACGAUGGAUUCCUCGCAGUCUGCUCAGAAGCCAAAGGCCUUAAAGACAUUACCCAUGGCACCCCUGCCAACAUCGUCCCCUUUCCCCCUGGGCACGUUGAACUCUUUGAUUUGAAGCAGAACGGCAAAGUUCGGUUCAUUCAAAUGGACCAAUUUCACUGCUGCACAAAAGAGCCUGCUCAUGCCAUCUACGACACCGUGGAGAGACUGCCUACAAGUUUUGAUGAGGAAACAGUAAAAAUCAACAUCAGGACCCUGUUUGAGAAUGCCGUAAGGAAACGUCUCAUGGCUCAAAGGAGAAUUGGCUGCCUUCUGUCAGGUGGUCUGGACUCCAGUUUGGUUGCUGCUACACUGGUGAAGCUGGCUAAGGAGGAGAAGCUGAAGUAUCCCAUCCAGACAUUUGCAAUCGGGUCAGAGGACAGUCCAGAUAUCAUCGCUGCUCGCAAGGUUGCAGCUCACAUUGGCAGUGAACACCACGAGGUGAACUUCACUGCAGAAGAAGGCAUCCAAGCUUUAGAGAAUGUCGUCUUUCACCUGGAGACCUAUGACAUCACCACCAUACGUGCCUCUGUUGGUAUGUAUUUGAUUUCAAAGUACAUCAGGGAGAAGUCAGACAGUGUGGUGAUCUUCUCUGGAGAGGGUUCUGAUGAGCUGUCUCAGGGAUACAUUUACUUCCACAAGGCUCCCACUGCGACAGCAGCUGCAGAGGACAGUGUUCGACUGAUGAAGGAACUCUACCUGUUUGAUGUUCUCCGGGCUGAUCGCACCACUGCUGCACAUGGUCUGGAGCUCAGAGUGCCUUUCCUGGACCACAGGUUCACAGCAUACUACCUUUCUCUGCCUGAGGAGAUGAGGACGCCUAAGCAUGGAGUGGAGAAGCAUCUUCUGAGGGACUCCUUCAAAGGUCUCAACUUGAUCCCUGAUGAGAUCCUGUGGAGGCGCAAAGAAGCCUUCAGUGACGGUGUGAUGUCUGCCAAGAAGUCCUGGUACACCUGCCUGCAGGAGCACAUAGAGUCUGUGGUGAACGAUGACCAGAUGGAGAAGGCUCAGAAGAUGUUCCCUCACAACCCUCCACACACCAAAGAGGCCUACUACUUCAGACAGGUGUUUGAGAAGCACUACCCGGGCAGAGCUGAGUGGCUCUCCCAUUACUGGAUGCCUCGCUGGAUCGACGCCACCGACCCGUCAGCCCGGACCCUGUCUAUCUACAAGCCAGACAAAGAUCAAUGAGCGGUUCUGGAACAGCUGUGUGCCUCUGUCUUUCAGUCAGCAAUAUGUUGGCCUUCAUCAUGUGCCACUUUUCAAACUCCUAUUAAAUUGAAUGAGUUACACUGAGCUUGUCUUACCCUUCAUGAAGUAUGUCACACUGUGAUAGAGUUUGUCACACUUUAAUUUAGCAGUACUUGUCAGACCUGCUGUUUUAGGGAGUUCCAGUUAUUCAUAAAGGAAUUUUUUAAAUAUAUUUUCCAUAGCUGCUAGACUAAUAUGUGUGCUCCAGCUAUCAUUUCAUGUUUGAUGCGCAUUUAUCCAGUGUGAGCACUUUUGUACAGCCUGACAGUAGAAAAUUGACUUUAAGCAUAAAAUGAAUGCUAAGAAUGGGAGGAGCUGUACUAUAUGUGCAGGGGAAUCACUCACCUCUGGCCACGCAGGUGCCCGUCAACACUGUCAAGUACGGCUAAUACAACUCAGCCUGUUUGUUUUCUGCAGUCGACUGUACUAUGCAGCAUGUGUCAUCGAUUUGUGAUACCUGUGUGGUAGCCAAAAAAAUGUAUUCAUUCUGCUACAGCUAAAUCUGACGAGCUCCAUCAAAGUCAUAGUUAAUACUUCCUGAAAGUUUAGGUUAAACUGAUGUCACGUUUCUAUCUGCACUGUAUUUUAAUUCCAUACAACUUUUUUUUUUUUAUGUUUUUAGUCCAUUUACUACAAAUGUUUUUUUUCUUUACUGUUAACCAUUUUCCAAAAGCAUGCUAUUUGUCAUUAGUUGUAUUUACGACCUUCCAGCCAGCCAUUGUCUUCCCUUCAUUUCAUUACUCUGAUGAAAAUGAACUGCAGAGAAUUGAAACUUGUUUGAGAUAAGUAAUCCAUCACCUCAUUAUGUUUUUGAUACUGUAAGAUAUUAUUCAUAUUGUAUAUUACAGUACCAAAUCUGUCUGAGCAGCUGCAGUCUGCCUGUAAAACCUACCUGGACGAGCUGCUCACCCAACUAAAACAGUCGCAGGAGUCUGAGCCUUAAUGCCCCACCGUGAAGGGUUACAUAAUGUUACACUGGCUUAACUGUUUUGUUUUUUCAAGGCCACCUCAGUCUUGCAUUUUAAAGGACUAUCCUGAUGUAGGAUCAGAGAGUGGGGCGUUUUCUUCAGUCUCGACACUGUAAGAACAAAGUACAAUAGCUUCAGACUGUCACUUCACACAUUCAGCCUGUUUGCAUUAGAUGCCUAUUUGGGGGGAAAAAAAGCAUGUCAGUGUUUUCUCACACGUUUGUAUUGUUGUGUAGGGUUUAACUUCUAACUGAUUAUUUAGAGCUGCUAACACCAAAAAGGCUGAUGCUCCAGCUUGUUGACUAGUACAUUAUGCGAUCUGUGUGGUGUGAAGGACAUCUUUACAGUUCUUCAUGGGUAGAGGUGACUCACAUGUGAAUACUGUCAGUGACACUGGCAUGGCUUUUCACACUGAUUAAUGCCAUCGCUGCUGUUUAUUCACUGUGAAUAAGGUCUUCGGUUCGGACUGGCUAUGCAAACACAUUUUGUGUGUGUGUGAGAGAGAGAGAGAGAGAGAGAGAGAUAAUGUUGAAGUUGCGGUCACGUGAUCAGUGUCAGUGAGAUAUUAGAGUGAACUACAGCAAAUUGGCAAAUUCUGCCUGUCAAUACGCUGUAAUUCAAUAAGCGUUAAGUACAGAGUUUAACCCUGAUGUUCCGAAAAAAUAGAACAUUGUAAUCUUCAUAGUUCUGAAAUUAAUUUAUUUCAGGGCUGUUAUAUUGAAUUGUUUAAUAUUUUAGUUCUGCAAUUUUGUCCACUUGCAACAAUUUCAUGAUCUGUCUGACUGGCUUCCUACUCAUCCCUGCUAUUACAUACUAAUUGCUGCUAAAAUAAAUGGACCUCCUGGCGCUGA